AUGUACUCAAGACAAAAUCAAGGAUAAUUUAAUAAAACCAGAAAUGGAAAUGCUCUUUACUUCCCCGUCAAUCUCUCUGAAAUCCAUCCCUUUUUCUAUGAAAACAACCAGCGAUAGCCGAGUGGGAGUUGCGAAUUUCAACAAACCAGCUGAUGCUUCCCAAAGAUAUUUAUCUUGCUCAAAACAAUUGCAGAUUAAUACAGGAAACAAGCAUUUUGUGUUGGUCCAUGGAGCCUGUCAUGGAGCCUGGUGCUGGUACAAAGUUUCAGAUCUGUUGAAAUCAGCUGGACAUAGCGUUACUGCUCUGGACAUGGCUGCUUGUGGUGUGCACUCAAAGCAGGUUCAUGAACUCCGCUCGUACAUGGACUACUUUGAACCUUUGAUGGUAUUCAUGGCGUCUCUGCCACCAGAAGAGAGAGUAGUACUGGUUGGCCACAGCUUGGGUGGCAUCGGCGUAUCUGUCGCCAUGGAAAAGUUCCCUGAGAAAAUUUCUGCUGGAGUCUUCGCUGCCGCAAUUAUGCCUGGUCCUGAUUUUGAUUUCAAAACCAUUGUAAACAAGUAUCCUAAAGAAUCACUUAGCCGCAUGGACACAAAAUACAUCUACGGCAAUGGACCCAACAAACCUCCAACUGCGUCAAUCCUUGGUCCCAACUUCCUGGCUUCUAAGUACUACAGAUUAUCUUCAUCUGAGAAUUUGGUGCUCGCAAACCUAUUGAUGCGGCCUUCACCAACCUUCGUUGAUUCCUCAGCAGAUUAUGAUGAAUUAGUAGUUACUAAAGAGAGGUAUGGAUCUGUUCAUCGAGUUUAUAUAGUUUGUGAUCAAGAAAAUGAUGCUGUGCAGAGAUUAAUGUUUGAAAAUAAUCCUCCUGAUGAAUUAAAGGUAAUCUCUGGUUCUGAUCAUAUGGUCAUGUUUUCAAAACCUCAUGAUCUGUGUUCUUGCCUCAUGGAGAUUGGAGAUAACCACCACUGAAUUUAAUUACCACUUGCUCAUAUCUAUGCAAAUAUGUCGAUAGCCUACUGAAGGAAAUCAUGGGAAAUUAAAUGGAUGUGUAUUUUUCAUUUUUUUAAAAUUAAAUAGACAAUUCUUUUACAUAUAAUAUUUAGUAGUUAUUAUUGAGUGUAAUUGAACUAAUGAGGUUUUGAGUAAAUUAAUUAUUUUGCAUCAGUUGAUUGA